CGGUAAAAAAAAAAGAAAAAAAAGUGAACGGCGAAAAUAAAAGAUUGAAAACUCCCUGCCUGAACUUGCUAGACUCUGAUCUGCUCGUCGUAUUGUUGAAGGUUUAAAUAAAUAAAUUUCAGAUCUUAGAAAUAUGCAAGUCUUCUUCUUCUUCUUCUUCUGUUCAAUGGAUUUUCCCUCUACCUAAUCAGGAAAGUAUAAGUUUUGGUUCUUAUGCCUGCAAUCUUGAAGUUACCAAUUCCAUCAAUUGCCUCAGGCUUUGUUCAGUAGGCUACUUUUACUCCUUGCAAGAAGUUUCGUGUUGAGUAACUUUGCAAGAUGGGACUUGCACAUCGUAGUGGGGUUCUGAGAAAAUCAAAUACCAGCGCCAGACUUAUUAUCGCAACCUUCAUUGGAAUGGUUUUUGGAUAUUUUGUUGGAGUUUCAUUUCCAUCUGUUUCUCUUACUAAGAUAAACUUACCUUCAAGCAUUAUCUCAUCCCUUGAUGUAGCAUUUCACGAUAACCAUCGUAGAUAUAUCCGAAGCCGUUUGACUGAUGAUUUACCUGAAUCUCGCGUUUCACAUGAUACUGGUUCGCCAAAGAUAUAUGUCCCAACAAAUCCUCGGGGUGCUGAAUCACUUCCCCCCGGAAUAGUAGUAUCGGAGACUGAUUUCUAUUUGCGAAGGCUAUGGGGUGAACCAAGUGAGGAUCUGAAAAAGAAGCCAAAGUACUUGGUAACAUUUACAGUUGGUCUGAAUCAGAUGAGCAAUAUUGACGCAGCAGUUAAAAAGUUCUCUGAUGAUUUUCAAAUUAUGCUUUUCCAUUAUGAUGGUCAUACGAGUGAAUGGGAUGAGCUUGAUUGGUCAAAGAGAGCAAUCCAUGUGAGUGCAAGGAAACAGACAAAAUGGUGGUAUGCAAAGAGGUUUCUGCAUCCAGAUGUGGUGGCAGCUUAUGACUAUAUUUUCAUUUGGGAUGAAGAUCUUGGUGUUGAACACUUUAAUGCUGAAAAAUACAUUCAGCUAGUGAGGAAAUAUGGUUUGGAGAUCUCUCAACCAGGCCUUGAGCCUAAUAAUGGAUUGACAUGGCAAAUGACUAAAAGGAGAGGUGAUCGAGUAGUUCACAAGGAUACAGAAGAGAAGCCAGGGUGGUGCAGUGAUCCACAUUUGCCUCCUUGUGCUGCAUUUGUUGAGAUUAUGGCACCAGUAUUUUCUCGGGAGGCUUGGCGGUGUGUGUGGCAUAUGAUUCAGAAUGAUUUGAUACAUGGUUGGGGGCUGGACUUUGCCCUCAGAAGAUGUGUAGAGCCUGCACAUGAGAAAAUUGGUGUUGUUGACUCACAGUGGAUUAUUCACCAAGUAAUUCCUUCACUUGGGAGUCAGGGUGAUGCUGAGAAUGGGAAAGCUCCAUGGGAAGGGGUGAGAGAAAGGUGCAGAAAUGAAUGGGGCCAAUUUCAGGAUCGGUUGGCUGAUGCAGAUAAAGCUUACCUAUCCCAAGUUGGAAAAGGAUAAGAUUUCACUGACCUUCUCCCCAUACUUAUAUAUAAUCCUUACCAACAACCAACCAACCAUCUUGUACAUUAUUAUUUUGUUCUGGUUUGUAUUCUAUGUCUCUCUUAUAUGAGGUUUAUGGCUAUGGAGUAACUAAAGUUGUUUUGAGCAGUAUAUCUUCUUGUAGUCAGAUAUACUCAUACACAGCAUUCAUGUUUCAUAGAGUAAAAAUGUCAGUUACUACA